AUGGAUUCUUCAAGGGAGACUUCAAGAGGUAGAGGUCCAGGACAAAACAAGAGAUUUUGGACUGACGAUGAAGACACCAAAUUGAUUGAAUCACUUUUAGAAAUGCACAAUGAAGGAACAUUCAAAACUGAAGGGAAUUUCAAACCAGGACACUUGAGAGCUCUUGAAAAGGCAUUAGCAACUAAAUUAUAUGGACGUGACAUACAAGCCAAAACACAUAUUGAGUCACGCAUGAAAACUUUAAAGACACAUUUUCAAGUUGUUCAUGAGAUGUUAACUGGACCAAAUUGUAGUGGGCUUGGUUGGGAUCCAGACAAGAAGAUGGUGACAGUAGAAAAACCAGUAUGGGAUGCAUAUUUACAGAGCCAUAAAGAGGCAGCACCAUUCAAGAAUAAGAUGUUUCCUUAUUAUGAAGAUUUGUGCACAAUUUUUGGGAGAGACCGUGCUACUGGAAAACAUGCUGAGACUCUAGCUAAUGUAGAAGAAAAUGAGAAAGAAGAUAAUGCUAAUGUGGAUGAGGAUAACUUCAACUUUUUUGAUACUAUGGGCAAUACAUAUGCUGAAAAUGGAGAGUCUAUGUCAUUUUCACAAGCACAAAAUGGACCAAGAGCACCCCCAACCCAAUCAGAUGGCUCAUCAAAGAGAAAAUGA